CAGGAUCUCUCGCUCUCGCUGGCAAAUCCUUAUCCUCUCAAGUCGGCCAUGUCAAAGAGCUCUAGAUUGCCCACUCGCUUCGUGACACGUCUCGAAAAUUACGUAAGCCGCAUUCAUCCAUCGCGCGCGCGCGCGCUCUGUAGAAAAGAAAAGAAAAAAGCGAAACAAAAAGAAGAGUAGAGAAACCUAAAACAAAAGAAAAGGAGAAGAAAGUGAGAAAGGGGGGACGGAACACAAAGGAAUCGGGAGUCGGCGCCUUUGUCUACGCCGACCAAUCAUUACGUCAUUUUCUCGACUCUCUCUCUAGAAAAGCUGUUCCCCACCCCCCACCACCCACUCUCUAAAUCUCAAACAAUUAUAAAAUCCUUAUCCGUAUCUCGCCUUCCAUUUCCUGCUGAUUCGUUUGUUUAACCUUUUUUUUAAAAAAAUUUCUUCUAUUAAUUUCGGUUCUUCCGUUUAAUUUUUUUUUAACAAACCGGAGGAUUUCUGAGAUUUAUCUGAUCUAGGGUUUUAUUUUUGUUCUCCGAUUUUUUCUAGAGUUUUACUGAUCCGUCGGGGAUAAAAUUAUUUUCUAUUUAAACGUUUUGAAUUUAUUGGUGAAAUAUGAAAAGUAUGGCGGAGCAAUCCGUGGUUGUUGAGAAGGCCGACGAUGGUGACAAGGAGAAGAAGAAGAAGCGUCGUGGCAAUCGCCGAUCUAAGCAGAACACUCCUUCUACAUCAGCUUGCAGUUCAGUGAAUGAAAAAGGUGCUGAAGUGUCACAGUUGGGAAAUGGUUGCGAAGCUAAAAAUUUAACAUCAUCGAUGGGCCACUCUUCAUCAAGAAAGCAGGAGUUGGACAUGCAUACAUUAAACGAGGAGGGACUUGCAAGAGUAUCAAAUGUUGCUUUUAAUGCUCUGCCUACAAUGCAUAUAUAUGAAAAAACAGGCUCAGGUGAGGCGAGGAGCUUGCAAAGGGAUGAUUGGAACCCUUCUGAUGGUAGUGGAAGAGUGGUUUCUAAGUCGUGUCCUGAACCUAUUGCUAGUGGAGGUCCAUUAGGGCUAUCCACAGACAAUCAUUUGCCAUCUUUUAAUGAGAGUGGGGUUCAUGCUCAGAGUAAGAUUUUUGCUUCACACUGGUCAAUGGCUGCUGUUAAUGAGGCAUUGGAGAAAGGUGAUGCUUUUAAAGCGCUAUUUCGUGUAAAUGCUCACAAUAGGCUUGAGGCAUACUGCAAAAUUGAGGGAGUAUCAGUAGAUGUACUUAUAAAUGGGAAUGCUGCACAGAAUAGAGCUGUUGAAGGAGACAUUGUGGUUAUGCAGGUUGAUCCUUUGUCUCUGUGGACCAAGAUGAAAGGGUCCAUUGGGCCUUCCAACAAUCUUGGGCAUGCAGAAGAUGUUAACUUACUGCCAGAGGUUAGUGAAAUAGUUGCCAAUAGCAAGGGUAAAAAUAAGUUAGAUGUGGAGUAUGAGAUUGCACAUUGUGAAAAUUGCAUACCUCCAGAGAAUGGAUUUCAUGAAGAGGAUAAUUCUAUAACUGGCAAUGCUGUUCAUCAAGAACACAUUGACCACAUGGGUGGUUGUUAUACAAAUGAGCAUAAUCCCUGUGUCUCAGAUUCUUCUCUUGUUGGCUCUUCUAGAGAGCAGAAUGAAGCAAUCGGUGCUUUGGGGAGGUUAUGUGCCAUGAUCAGUUCAUUCCCGUCAAAGCGACCUACUGGCCGGGUUGUUGGCAUCAUCGAAAGAUCUCUUCGUCGAGAUGUUAUUGUAGGUUCUCUCAUUGUUAAGCAAUUGUUGUACCACAGGGAAGGCUUUAAGAAAGAUGCAAAGAAGAACAAGGGUCUCUUAUCAAUUUCUGACCAUAAGUAUAUCCAUCUGACUCCAACUGACCCAAAAUUUCCGAAAAUGAUGAUCCUUAUUCAAAGCUUGCCUGACUUGAUCAAGAAAAGAUUGGAGGAUGGUGACCUGACAGUUGAAAUGGAGCUUGUAGGUGCACGCAUUGAUAGCUGGAGUGAGGAAAGUCCUUUUCCACGAGCCCAUGUCUCCCACAUUUUUGGACGGGGAGGUGAAGUGGAGCCACGAAUCAAUGCAAUUUUAUAUGAAAAUGCAAUCUGCUGCUCUGAAUUUUCUCCGGAAACGAUUUCCUGCCUUCCUCGUGUUCCUUGGGAGGUGCCAGCAGAGGAAUAUAAAAAGAGGAUAGAUCUUAGAGAUUUGUGCAUAUUUACUAUUGACCCUCCAACUGCCACUGAUCUUGAUGAUGCUCUAUCAGUUGAAAAGUUAUCCAAUGGAACCAUCAGAGUAGGUGUUCAUAUUGCUGAUGCAUCAUACUUUGUUUUACCUGACACAGACUUAGAUGUAGAAGCUCAAAUCAGAUCAACGGCUGUCUAUAUGUUGCAACGCAAAUUACCAAUGUUGCCUUCCUUGCUCUCUGAGAAUCUUGGUUCGCUUAACCCUGGAGUAGAUAGACUAGCGUUCUCAAUUUUCUGGUACUUAAAUGGUGCUGGGGAUGUUAUAGAUCGCUGGAUUGGCCGCACUGUGAUACGAUCUUGUUGCAAGCUUUCAUAUGAAAACGUGCAGGACAUAAUUGAUGAGAUGAUUGAUGUGGAAAGUAAAACUUUCUUCAGAAUUGGAUGCCCACAAUUGUAUAACAACUUUGAAUGGUCUAAUGUUGUUGAAUCUGUUAAGACUCUUCACAAUGUUUCAAAAACUUUACAGAUGCAGAGGCUCAAUGAUGGGGCUUUACGACUUGAAAACUCCAAAGUAGCAUUUUUGUUUGAUGAGAAUGGAAUUCCAUAUGAUAGUGUGCUUUCUGAACAGAAAGACUCAAAUUUUCUUGUUGAAGAGUUUAUGCUCUUGGCUAACAGGACAGCUGCUGAAGUUAUAUCUAGAGCUUUUCCUGAUAGUGCAUUGUUGCGGAGGCACCCUGAACCCAAUAUGCGGAAGCUUAAAGGGUUUGAAGCUUUCUGCUGCAAGCAUGGCUUAGAAUUGGACACUUCCUCCUCUAGUCAUUUUCAUUGGUCGCUGCAACGGAUCAGGGAAAAACUCAACGAUGAUUCCAUACUAUUUGAUAUUCUAAUGUCAUAUGCUACAAAACCGAUGCAAUCGGCUUCUUACUUCUGUAGUGGUGAUUUAAAAGAUAAUGUGAAUGACUGGGGUCAUUAUGCUCUUGCUGUUCCUCUUUAUACGCAUUUUACUUCACCACUUCGUCGUUACCCUGAUAUUGUUGUCCAUCGCACAUUGGCUGCUGUAAUAGAAGCUGAAAAAUUGUAUCUGAAGCAUAAAUCCCUGCAUAAGGUCAAGCAUGGGGAGGAAGCAACAGUGAAAUGUUUCACUGGUAUUUAUUUUGAUAAGAAUGCUGCAGAGUCCUUUGACGGCAGGGAAGCAUUGUCAGCUGCAGCAUUAAAGCAUGGAGUUCCCUGUGCAGAAUUACUUACAGAAGUUGCUACUCAUUGCAAUGAAAGGAAACUGGCUAGUAGGCAUGUUAAGGAUGCCUGUGAUAAGCUCUACAUGUGGGUUUUGCUCAAAAAGAAAGAGAUUUUGUUGUCAGACGCUAGAGUAUUAGGUCUGGGGCCAAGAUUUAUGUCAAUUUACGUCAACAAGCUAGCUGUUGAACGGAGAAUAUAUUAUGACGAUAUUGAAGGCAUGACAGCUGAGUGGCUUGAGGCCACGUCUACAUUGUUGCUGAAUUUUUGUGCCUACAAAAGGUCUUAUAGGAGAAGUGGCUUUGGCUAUAAUAGGACACUCGAUGAUGUUGCAUGGCUCGUGAGCCCUACUGAUCCGCGAUUUGAACUGGGCAUGUCUGGAGAUGGUAGUAGAGAGUGUGAUUCUGCUUUAUCUGCGCGUUGUCUUGAUCCUGGUUCUAACUCGGGGAUUGAACCAGCGGUUUUCCCUCUGACAGUGCGCCUUCUCGCAACAAUCCCUGUAGCACUUCUUGCAAUUGGUGGGGAUGAUGGACCACUUGAUGUUGGUGUGCGGCUUUACAUGAGUUCAUAUUUCAGAUAAGUCGUUUUCUCAAUGUUGGAACGCAACUGAUGCUGUAAAUGAAACUAAGUUAACAGGGCUUUAUACCAAGUAACAUAUUUAUAUUGUUUGGUGAGAGCUCUGUUGUAGAUAAAAAUACGAGUGAAUAGUUUGCUCUUAUAAAGUAGUGGUGAAGAAGUUAAAGGCCAAAAAAAGUGGUGGAGAAGGAAGUAUGUGGUUGAGACUUGGGAUGUACUCAUACUUCUGGGAUAUUUGAUGCUGAAACAACCGGUGGAAGGUGUAGGUUAAGGCGGGUUUCUUGUCAUGGCCUUGGUUUUAGUGGCUGUUUUUAACAUAAGCUGCUUCCGGAAUUGGUUCUUGUUUUUGUCGGCCGGUUUCAUAUGAUUGGUAUUGAAACCAAAUUUUAUCAUGUAUUUUAUACGUUUUGAUUUCUUUGCUGCAGCCCAAUAAAUUUUUGAUUUUGGGUGGCUGGAUCGUAUUUGCUAUAUUCCUCGAGACUUGCGGAAUAAUGAGUCUUUCUUUUGCACAUUGUCUUUUUUCAUUAUUCCUACAGUCAGGUAAUGAGCAAGUUUUUGAUGUUUCAGUUAUGAGAUCUUCCAUAUAAUAAAAUGUUGUACAGAUUUUCCUAGGCUCCUUAUUCGGGUCUUGCUAACUGUAAAUUGUUCCUUGAAA